AUGGACGCGGUGGCAAAUGCUCUCGAGUCUUAUCGGGGUCGCGAUCGGUUCGUGCGGACUGUGUGCUACAGCUCGCGGCUGUUGGGUGGCCUGCUGGUGGUUCAGGCGGGAGGGCGGCCCGAGUUGGGCCGCCGGCUGCUCCUGAUCGCCGGGCAGCUCAGCAACUGCCGGGCGACGCUGCGUCUCUUCGACGACCUCUCCAUGUUCCUGUACUCGCGGGGGUACGGGCUGGGUGGCACGGAGGAAGAUACAAUUUUGCGGUUGCUCUCUGUAACGGGAAACUUGGCAGAUCAGCUCUAUUACCCCUGCGAACAUUUAGCCUGGGCUGCUGACUACAGAAUUCUGAAUAUCAACUCAGAGAAGUGGUGGAUGUUCAGUAACACACUGUGGACACUGUCUCUGGCACUGGGAGCUCUGCGGUCCUUCAGAGUUGUACAGCUGCUGAAGAAGAAACUAAAGGGAACCCAGAAUAACGCUUACCUCAGAACAGAUGAAGCCAACCAUCUGAGUAGACAGGCAUAUCAGAUACGGAUGCAAGCGGAAAUUCUCAACAUCAUCAGCUGCCUGGCUGACCUGACAAAUGCCAUCCACUGGAUGCCACCGGGUUUCCUGUGGGCAGGGAAGUUUCCCGAGUGGCUGGUGGGGCUAAUGGGGACCGUUUCGUCGGUAAUCAGCCUCUACCAGAUGUCUUGCGGGAGCUGCAGCAACAAGGACCCAUAACGGGAGAGGCACGUGGUUUUGGGGUGUAUAACCUGGCAACCCAUCAGAGAGAGUGCUCAAGCUUGAUCCAUUUUAUUGGCGUGUUUGGGAGGCCGUUAUUUAUUUAUUGGGGGUGAAUAGCUUCCGUCCUGUCUCACGAGAAACAGACUUUACCACCUCCCCAUCAUCAGAUCUUGUCCACGGAGAACAAAAGCUUGAAGACUUUGUUCUGGGAAACUAUGGCUCUGUCAUUAACUGGCUUAUCCAAUCUGACAAUGACACGGCAACAUUUCACUUCCUUUCUGCCAAGUUCAAAUCCAUCCAUUUUGGGCCCAGUUUAGCUAUCUCCUUCUUCUCAUCGCACCCUUAUAACUCAAAAUGUGGCCAUUCAUCCCAUUGUGCCUACGCUGGCCCACACAUCCCACUUUGAUUUUAGUCAGAGCCAUGUUGUGGCAGUUUCCUUUCCAGCAUCUAUUUGCUUUGGGGAAUGCAAUAGGGAUUACAAGCUUUCUUGAUGAACCAGUGCCUAAGAACAUUCACCAGUACAAGGGAGGUUCAGAAUUUGACUUUAAAAAAAAAGACAAAUUACUGCUGGAUGCUGGUGAUCUGAAAUAAAAGGUGAAAGUGGUGGAGAAAUGCAGAAGAUCCAGCAGCAUCCGUGGAGAGUGAAACAGCGUUGAUGCUAUGAGUCCAACCUUCUUUGAAGGAGAAUCAUUGGACUCUCAUCAUUAACUUCAGAAUUUGAUCUCUGUUCUUUCCCCAGCCUCAGCUCUUUCAUGGGGGCUUUACCUACUGGGCUGAACAUUCCUGAGGUUAGAGUACAGAACAAUCAAUCAGAGACCAACUGCAGGCUGACACUCUCACUACAAAUAUGUGGGUGUGUGAGUGACACUGUGUGUAUGUCUGUGUGAGAGAGAGAGAGA